AUGCUGGCAGCCUGCACAACAUUUCCAAGGACUUUCAAGUGUGUAGCACCUGAGAGAUCUGUUGUAACUCGGACUGCCCUAAGGUGUACUGUUUCUGAGAAAGCUAAAUCAACGACAGAUACCCAUGAAAAUGCCUGCCGCUACACUGCCAGAGAAGGCCAGCGGGUGGUUGUGUAUCGUUUAGCCCCUGAACACAAAUACCCUGCUGCGUAUGAAGACUGUCUUAACACUACCAUACACUUUAUGAAGAAUAUUGAGCACUAUGGUGUGGACCCUGCCCGUAUCAUUAUCUGUGGGGACAGUGUCAGGGGCAAUCUAGCAGCUGCUGUUAGCCAGACCCUUGCAGGUAGAUCAGACCUCCCCAGACUACGUGCUCAGAUCUUGAUCUACCCAGGCCUUCAGGCACUGGACUUCAAUUUACCAUCCUAUCAGCAGAAUCAGGGAGUCCCUCUCUUAUUUUGAAAACGUGUCACUUUCUACAUGUUACAGGACCUAAACAGGCAUGCAUUGCCUAUGCAAGAGGUCUUGGAGGGCUCUCAUAUUCCUCCAGAUAUGAGGCUGAAGUACAGGAAGUGGGUGAGUCCAGAUAACAUCCCCGAAGAAUUUAAGGUCAGAGGCUACAAACCACACAAGCCCCAUGAAUUCAAGGCUAAAGUUUUUGAGAAAGUUAAAAGAAUCUGUGAGCCCAACCAGUGUCCACUGUUAGCUGAAGAUGCCCUUAUUCACCAGCUGCCCGAGUCUUUCAUCUUGACUUGCGAGUAUGAUGUGCUACGAGAUGACAGCUUGCUUUACAAGAAGAGACUGGAGGACAACAGAGUUCGAAUGACCUGGUACCACCUCAAGGAUGGAUUCCAUGGAAUCACAAGUCUAUAUGAUGAUUGUGGUUUGUCGUUUCCAGCUGGGGGAAGGGGAUUAGAUAUAAUUGUUAAAUUCAUAAAUGGCCUGUAA